AUGUACAUCUAUGGGAUGAUUCCUAGCUAUUUUGAAAACGGUCAGAACUCAGAGGACAUCGAACAAGCGGCUCAGCAGUUGCGCGCUCGAUGGGUGGACUUCUGCGCUCUCCUGGCCGAGCGGCUGGCGUGGUUGGCCUACCAGACCAAAGUACUGGCUUUCUACAAUCUCUUCCAGCAGCUGGAGCAGGCUGUGGCCACGGCGGAGAACUGGCUGAAGCUGGAGCGCUGCAGGGACGAGAUCUCUCGCCUCUCGGCUCUUCAACCUCAAGUGGCCAAACUGCACGAACAACUCGAGGAGCUGCGGCAGAAAGAAGAGACGCCGGUUCUGUUUGACGCAGACAUUUCUGCUUUUCAAGAGCAUUACCACCAAGUCCUGGAGGACCUGAGGGCCAGGGAACGACAGCUCGUUCUGGUCCAGUCUAGUCUUCCUCCAGCGCGCUAUAAGGAUGUGAUGGCAGCGCUGUUGGCCUGGCUGCAGCAGUGUGAGAAUAAACUAGCCAUCCCUUCUACAGCAGUAACUGAGUAUCCCGUCAUGGAGCAGAGACUCAAAGAUAUCAAGGCAAUCCAAGCAUCCCAGAAGGAGCAUCAGGGUGACGUGGAUGACCUCAAUAAGAUGGCUGAGCAGGUUUUCCAGAAAGCUCCACCUGAGAUCUGUCAGAAGUACCGGACGGAGCUGGACAACGUGAUGGUGCGCUGGAGACGCAUAUCGGAGCAGCUGGAGGAGAACAUCCAGAAACUGCAGGAUCACAUGACCAAGCUACAGCAGUUCCAGAAUGACACAAAGACUCUGCAGAAGUGGAUGGCAGAGGUGGAUGUUUUCCUGAAUGAGGAAUGGCCAGCUCUGGGAGACGCAGAGGCUUUGGAGAAACAGUUGGAACAGUGCACGGCUCUGGUGAAUGACAUCCACACGGUCCAACCCAGUCUGAACGGCAUCAAUGAGGUGGGACUGGCCUUGAAGAGGGAAGCUGAGACGCCGUUUGCCAUCAAAAUACAGAAGAUGCUUGAUGAGCUCAAUGCGCAGUGGGAGCUCAUUUGCAAACAGGCUUAUGCAAAGAAAUCAGCCCUUAAAGGAGGGCUGGAUAUGACGGUGAGUUUGAGGAAGGAGAUGCAGGAGAUGCAGGAGUGGAUCACUCAGGCCGAGGAAGAGUACCUGGAGAGAGACUUCCAGUACAAAACGCCCGAAGAGCUCCAUAAGGCGGUGGAGGAGCUGAAGCGGGCUCAAGAGGAAGUCCAUCAAAAGGAAACAAAGGUGAAGCUGCUGACGGAUAAAGUCACCAAUUUCAUUUCAAAGGCUCCUCCCGCAGCCCAUGAUGCCCUGAAGGCAGAACUGGAUGUUUUGACUUCUAACUACCAGCGCCUGUGCAGCCGACUCGAUGGAAAAUGCAAGACUUUAGAGGAAGUGUGGGCAUGCUGGUGUGAGCUGCUGUCUUAUUUGGAGUUGGAGAAUGCCUGGAUGGACCUACUUGAAAAGAAGCUUGAUGAAACGGAAGGGCUUCAAGGAGGCAUAGAGGAAAUUGAAGAAGCUUUGACUUCUUUAGACACCAUGAUUAGAGAGCAUCCUGAAUACAACCGUAACCAGAUCCGCGAAUUAGCGCAGACCCUGAUGGAUGGCCGAGUUUUGGAUGAGCUCAUCCACAAGAAGGUGGAGGACUACAACACACGCUGGGAUGAACUGAUGCAAAGGGCUUUACAAAGGCGCCAGCAGCUGGAGAAGAGCUUGCAUUGGGCCCAGGAGAACGACAAAAUGCUGCGUCUCAUUCAGGACUCUCUGAACACCACUGACCGACAUCUGACCGCUUACAUAGCAGAUGGUAUAGACGCUGCGCAGAUACCACAGGAAGCACAGAAAAUUCAGACUGAGUUAAACAGCCAUGAGGGGACACUGGAUGACAUGAAGAAAAAGGCUAUGGAAGUUGACGCCUCAGAGAAAGUGAUUGGAGAGAUCGAUGCAACAUUAGAUAAACUUUUGCAAGUAAAGGGUAAGUUCCGGCUAUUCCAAAAGCCAGCGAACUUUGACCAGCGGCUGAGGGAGUGCGAGCGAGUGCUGGAGGAGGUGAAAGUGAAGCUGGGAGUGCUAAGUAUUCGCAGUGUGGAGCAGGAAGUGGUGCAGUCACAGCUGGAGCAGUGCAUGAAGUUUUAUAAGAACCUGAGUGAAGUGAAGUCUGAGGUCGAGAUGGUGAUAAAGACGGGGAGGCAGAUUGUGCAGAAGCAGCAGACGGAGCAACCCAAGGAGUUAGACGACAGGCUGACGGCCCUCAAAUUCGCUUACAAUGAUUUGGGUUCACAGGUAACAGAAGGAAAGCAGGAACUGGAGAAGAUUUUAAAGUUACUGAGGAAGUUCAGGAAGGAGGUGAACAGUCUGACCGAAUGGCUGGCCACUACUGGGGAACUGACACGCCGCUCAUCGGUGGAGGGAAUGCCAAGUGAUUUGGAUGCAGAGUUGGCUUGGGCAAAGGCGGCGCAGGAAGACACUGAGCGUCAUAAGCCACAGUUGAAACUGGUGAGGGAGUUGGCAGAGACCCUGAAGGGUUUACUUCAUAGCCAAGAGAACCUGAUUGAUGACAAGGUCAGUUUGCUGAACUGCAACUGGAUCGCGGUGACGUCACGGAGCGAACAGUGGCUCAAACUCCUGCUGGAUUAUCAACAUCAAAUGAAAACACUUGAGCAGAACAUUUCUCAGAUCAACACCUGGAUGGAUCGCGCAGAAGAGAAGCUGGAUGAGAUGGACAGCCAGGGCUGCAUUGAGCACGUUAUAAAGGGUUUGCGAAUGGAAUUGGAAGAGAUGAAGGGGAAAGUUGAAGCAGUGCAGGUUCUAGCAGAGGAUCUUAUAAAGAACAGAGGUGAACAUUGUAAAGCUCAAGUAAAACCAAAGCUUGAACAGCUCAACCAACGUUUUGACAUCGUUGCAAGAAGGAUUUUAAUGGGACAGGCCUCCUCCCAAGAGUUAGACGAGUACCACAGACAGGCUAAUAUAUGGCUCCAGGUGCUGGACGAGGAGAUUAAAUUAGGUGAAAGUCUAAAAGAGGAAGAUUUCCUGGAGGAUGCGACCUUAGACGAGGAGGCUCUAAAUGAACUGUUCCUAAAAGGGGAGAAUCUCCUCAAGAGAACUCCAGGCGGAGAGAAAAGAGAGGCCGUCCGAGAGAAACACAACCUUCUCCAUGACAAAUAUGACACUCUAAAGAAUCUGAGAGCCCUGAGAAAGAAGAAGGCUCUGGCUCUCGCACCACAGUGGUAUCAGUUCUGCAAGAAAAGCGAUGACAUGAUGCAGUGGCUGGACAGAAUCGAGAAAAGCAUACGAGAGCUUCCAAAUCCCCCUGAGGAGCCCAGAGUGAAAGCAGUUGGAUAUGAGAUUGACCAGCAGCGGCCCAAACUGGAAGAUUUGCGUGGAUUGGGGCGUGUGCUUUCAGAGGGUGGAGCUAGCAAAAUGGUGGAGCCCCGCCUCCUGCCUAUCAAUAAACGAUGGGCGGAGCUGGAUGUAAACUUCACUCGAGUGCGCCACAAAAGUGAGCUGCAGUUUCUGCUGCAGUGUAUCUCUGAGAAUGAGGCUCAGCUGAACUCUCCUGAGCGCUGGUCUACUGCAUUCAUCAACCUUCCCCAACAAGAGAAGUGCCUUAAGGAGGUUAAAGUUAACCUGGAUAAACUGGAGGGUCCCGUGGCAGAGGCUGUUGGCAGAGGUGCAUCUCAACCUGAGGAGGGUUUACUGGUUCAGCUGCUCAGGACCAACUGGGAAAACCUUAAAAUGCUCUACCAGGACAGACUCAAACGCCUUGAAAAAGUCAAGAAAUUCAAUGAGGAGCUGAGAACGCUGGAUAACUGGCUCACAGAUGCUGAAAGGACGAUUAUGAAGUAUGAACAAGACCCCAUAAAUAAUAGAGACCACCUCAAGGAGCUGCAGGCGGGUUUGGAGAAGCAGGAAGCAGCAGUGAAGGGACUCAAUGCUCUUGGGACUGAUCUGAGUCCACAGUGCAGUAAAGACGACAGGGACCACAUUAAACAGCAGCUCGCCUCGAUCAACUCCCGCUGGGCCAAAGUGUCCAACCAGCUCACUGAGAUCAAGAGACGGUCUGCAGGGGCAAAAAUGCUUCUCGCCGAGUUAAAUGAAGACAUGGGGGAGUUUCAGUCCUGGCUGGAUGAUGCGGAGGCUGUGGCGGCACUUCCUGUGGAAGCGGGUCGCAAGGAACAGCUCAGUGCAACGUUAGAAAAAGUCAAGCAUGUGGAAAAAUGCACCGUUCAGAUUUUCAUCGCCUAA